AUGCGGUUACUCUUCCUCACUCCUCUGCUGACAUUCCUGGCUGUGGCCCAGGAACUCGAAUUCAUUACACCUGGACCUGGCGGUACAGCUGGCGACAAUUCACUGAACCCGACCUAUGUCUUUGGAUCCACUUUCACGAUUCAAUGGACCCCCAUAGAGCAGGCCAUCUCGCUCGUACUAUACCAGCAACUUCCAGAUGUCGGCUUUGAAUAUAUCUUUCAGAACAGAGACAACAUUUCGUCCUACCUCUGGACUGUCACGACACAACGAGAUCUCAGCCAGUCAAGAGUUUUCUUCUUUCAGAUCUUCAUUGAAGGCGACACUAGUCCUUCUGCAACCAGCCAUUAUUUCAACAUCACUGGAGGCGGCUCAAGCGGUGGAAGCGGAGCCGAGACGACGACUCUUCCCCCAAGCUCAUCUUCCUCUCCUUCUAACCCUACAACUUCUUCUACAACCGCUUCAACCGCAACGACAGCCCCAGACAGGUUAAGUUCAGGAACAGCAGCCCCCCCCGCCGCCACAACCUCAAGUACUCCUGGUGGCAAUGGCGGUCUGAGCACUGGAGCAAAAGUUGGACUGGGAAUUGGUAUCCCAGUGGCAGUUGCUGUCGGCAUUGGUGUUGGCUGGUUCGUUUUCGGCUGUCAGAAGAGAUGGAACAACACCCUGUCAGCCUCUGAACCCAAACCAUAUGGUUAUGGAUACCCUCCGCCCAAACCCGAAGACUACAACGGUUCAGCAACGACACCGGGCGAGCUGCAUGCUUCCUCUGCUAGACCACCGGUUGAAUUACCCCUCUCCUAG